AUGUUAAUAUGGAAAUGUGUAAAUCUAACGUUUAAACCAGAUUUGACGCCAGACGCUCGUAUCAAGUAUACCUCUGGUGCAAUUGAGGAUAUACUCGCUCACAACCCGAGUGAGGUAGUCAACAAAUCUCUGUGGGAUUUCCUUCAUCCGGAGGAGCUCGAUUUCGCGAAACAGAUCCAUUCGCGGAGCGUCAGACAUGACAUGGCCGCUGGGUUGAACUACUUCCAUCUCAAACAUAAAUUUGGCUACUGGGUUCGGGUUGAAUGUGUAUUCACAGUGGUGUACGAUAUCCUAGUAGCCAGCACUGGCAUUUACCAAAGAGGGCCUAAAAGCGAGCAGAGAGCGGCUGACGCCCCCGUUGUCAGACGGUUAUUCACCUCAUCGCCGCAGAAUCCUCGAUAUGAUAUGCUCUCAUGUAUUUCAAGGAAAUUCAAUUCAUUCCCUACGAGUCUUUCUCACGAACCACGCGCAGUUCUAUUCCUGAACCGCUUUACUCGUUCCUCGAACAUAUUAUUUGCUACUUCCAGUGUAGAACGCGUUCUUGGUAUCAGGCCUCCGGACCUUGUCCCCGAAAGCUUCUAUCAUUGUAUGGAGGAGUGUUGUUUGGAGGAGGCGGUUCGGUGUAUUGAAAGUGCGAAAUCCAAUGAUACUACUACAUAUCUUCGGUUCUGGUUCCGGAAUCCUUUAUUGGACGAGAAUGACAUGGAUGACGAUACUGUUUUUAGCAGUGAAGAAGAAGAAAGAAGUGAAGAUGAAAUGGAGAACGAUCUUUUAGAGGCUGAAAUCUCUAGAGCAGCCGCUACACAUGCCGACCAGCAUCUGGCAAACAGUCAUACCGUGAACAAGAGUCAUCUCACUACGGAUUUACAUGGCGACGUAUCAGCAUCAACGUCCUAUUCCCAAACACCAGCCAGUAACUACUCUGGGUCACGAAUACAAGUUGAGGCAGUAGUAUCCUGUUCCUCUGAUGGUCUUGUCGUUGUUCUGCGCCGUGCCCGACCACCUAUUCCUCACUCCAUUGAAACGCAAGGGCAUCCGGUAUAUUCAAAUGGCCUCUUAGCUUCUUCGUGGGGAACCAACUAUGCAGCAUCGGUGCCACAGAGUGACUCUGCCAUGGAAGUUUCCCCAAGGCCGCAAGCCUCCGGCGGGCCUGAAGAAAGCGAGUUGGUGAAUACGAUUCGUGACGUUGCAGCCCUUGCCUGGGCGGUUGUUGGCGCUAAUAGUUCUUUCAAAUUGAAUGGACGAGGGUCGCCAACCGGUGAAUCUAAGCCUCCUGAUUGA